GUAAGUACCGGUACGGAUUUAUGAUUCUGAACGAACAGAGAGAGUCGAGGUUUUGUCAAAACAAUAGUUGGUAAUUUGAUUAUUUUUUGUUUGAGUGGAUGGUGAUUUCAAAGAUGGAGAACAACUGUGGCAGAUGCUGUGAGAAGGCAUCCGAAGUGGAAUGUGCAGACUGUGGAAAGCAUGGUCAAGGACAAGGUGGAAAAAGUGAUGCUGCUGCAGCAGGCGCAGGUGCCAUUCCUCUUUGUUUGGAGUGUUCCAAUCUUCUUCAUGUUGGUUUCAUGAAAGACCAUAAACUUGAAACCAUUGAGGUCAAGGCAAAAAGAGAGGACUUCAAGGACAACAUGAAAAACUACAAAAAGAAGGAACAGGUGUUGAAGAGAAGUCUUGUUGAGAUCAAGCAUGCAUACCAAAACAUCACAAGCAGGGGUGAAAACAAUAAGUACACUGUACAACAAGCUUUGGUAGCUAUUAAUCAUGCUCUGAAGAAGAAAGAGGAAGCACUGAUGUCAUGUAUGAAUCAAAGUAUUAGCGCCCUCAAAGCUCAGCUUGCGACAAGUGAAAAGGAUCUGGAACAACGUUUGAAGAAACUGCAAAGUUGCCAUGAGAAGGCUGAAAAAGUUGUAUCUUCUGAAGCAGAAAAAUUCAUGAGUGAGCAUUCAGAGGUAGCAGAAGAGAUUGAGAAACUACUGGGUGAGAAGACACCAGGAGACAUUCCAUCUUUGAACCCAUCUAUCUCAGUCGAUGCCCUUGAUGUCAGCAAGGUCUUAGGAAGUCUUGAGAGUUUUGGCGCUGAAUGGCUGGCUAAUCAGAAAACUGAUGAAAGAACUCCACUAGCUGAUAGUGUCAAGGAAAUCAAGGAAGGAGACAAGCUGAAGGGUUACGUUGAAAGUCGAAUGGAUGCUAGGGGUUGUUUCUGGGUGUGUCAGGACAUGGUUGAAGGAAUCACAAACCUCUUAGAUGAUCUUAGCUUUGAGAUCAGGAAGGAUAUUAUAACUCAUGGUUGGGAGGAUCUGACUGUUCAAGAAGGCUCCCUCUGUGUUGCUCAGUAUUAUCAAGAUAAUAGAUGGUACAGAGCAAGAGUGGAGAAACUCAAAGAGCAUACAGCAGAGGUACGAUGGUUAGAUUAUGCACACGCUGAUGAGGUUCAGCUUAGUCACAUUCAGCCGUUGAGAGAACGCUUCAUGGAUAUUCCAUUCCAGGGCUUGGAGUGUUCACUGUUUGCUGAUAUGUCAGAGGAAAUGCCUCGUCAAGCUCGUUGGGAGUUCUCUGAUCUUGUCUCUAAUAUGAUCUUGGAUUGCAGUGUCAUCAGGAAGUUAUCUUCAGCCAAUCAAGGGAAGGUUCCUCUGUAUCUCAUCAGAUUGGAUCAAACUGAGGGAGAAAAACAUGAUAUUGCAGAAUGUGUCUGGAACAAAGCCCAAGAUUCAAGAAGUAGUAAGGGACCAAUUGCAUACCGGGACAUCCGUCUACUCAACGAAGAAGCCAAGGAUAUACAGGUCAUCAAGGAAGUGGUCAAUUCAAGCAAGAAAGCGUCUGAUGAUGCAGCCAAGACGACAUCGGAGGAGAUAGAGGGUGACAAGGAUGAGGAAGGGCAGAAAGAAGAUGGUGAGGAGAAGAAUGAACAACUAAAAGAAGAAGAAAAACCUCUUGAAUCUGAAGAUGGACCUCCCAUGAAUGAUGAGAAGAAAGAAGAAUUGAAAAAAGAAGAAAAGAAAGCAGAUAGAAGGGAAGAUGAAAAACCUCUUGAAAUGGAAAGGGAACCUCCAAAGGUGGGGAAGAAUGAGGAAGAAGGGGAAUCAAAGAUAGAAGAGAUUGACAAGAAUAAGAAAGAAGAAAACACAAGUGAAGAGUCACAAAGAGCAGAAGAAACUAAGGAGUCAAAGCCAGAAGACGAAGAAGAAGACGUGAAGCUGUUGAAUGGAGAGACUGAAGGUGUGAAAGAUGAAGGAUUGAAGGAUGAAGAAGAAGUGAAAGAAGAAGGGAAAGAUGGAGAAGAAGACCUAAGUCUAGCUCAGAAGCUUGAAAAACAAGGAGAUACUGCCCCGGCUGAUGGAGUUCCUACUGGUACACGUAUGUCCCCGAUGGCAUUCAUCGCAGCCCAUGGGAGCUAUACUGCUAUCAAUGGUAUCAGUAGCAAUGAGAAUACUGGUAACACCAUGCCACCGUUUGUUGGACCUCAACCUCAACUAGACACUGGAUGGUAUCAACACUAUACAAGCCAUUAUGCUGUUACCAGUAUGGGGCUUCCAGCAGUGGUAUCAGCUUCAAAUGGUGAUGCCUAUGGCAUGGUACCAGGGUCCCAUCUUGGUGUUCAUGUUGCCACCCCUCUGACAGCGGAUGGAACAUUCUGGGCAGCUAAGGUCAGAGGUCAUGAGCAAGAGAUUAGAUUCAGGAGGCUCAUGCAUGAGAUCAGUGCUCCAGGUGAUCCAUUGCCCAAAGAUCAGCUUCACAGAGGCAAGAUGGUCUGCGCCUUUCAACAUGAUAUGGGACAUUGGUGCAGGGCUAAGGUGGAAGAAAUCGCUCAAGACACGGUUCAUGUUCGAUUGAUAGACUUUGGAUCUGUAGCUUCAUUGGAUUGUAAGCAGCUCAAAGCAUUGGAUGUAAGGCAUGGUGUCUUCCCAUUCCAGGCAUUUGAGUGCAGUCUAGCAAAGAAGGACCUGACAAAUUUCUCAGAGAGUUCCAGACAGCUGUUCCAUCAUCUCACUGCUGUUAAAUUAAUCACUGCCAAAGUGGAUGCUGUCUCAGACUUCGUUGUGUAUGUGUCUCUCUUCUUGACUGCUGAGGGAGGAGAUGUGGUAGAUGUGGUGGCAGAACUCGCCAAAAAUGAAUCUUCCAGAGGAGCUCAAGGGAAAGAAGAAAUUGCACCUUCACAACAAAAAGGGAGCAUGACAAAUGGCCAGCCCAAAUCUACAUCGAAAGUAAGCUUCUCGCCAUUCCUGAAAGAAACAUAUAGGAAGUCACCCCCUUUUGUGGCUGAUGUUGAAAGAGAUUUUGCCAACUUAAUAAACAGCGUGAAUAAAGAGUCACAACAUCCAACCCAGAACUAUACAUUCCCUCCUAUGCCCAGAGACCAACGUGCAUUUGUUCAUGAGUUAGCUGAUUUAUACUGCCUACCAUCAGAUAGUGCAGGUCAGGAUGCUGCAAGGCAUGUUAUCAUCACUGCUACAAGGGGAAAGAGUUUUGUUCCAUCUCCUACUCUGUCAGAGGUGUGUCAGAAUGAACCAGUAAAUCCACCAGGGGCUUAUGUAGAAGAACAACAGAGUGAGAGAGACCAUGGGAGGUACAUGGGAGGUAAUGUACGAGGUGAUGAUGGUAGACAAGGAUGCUUCGUCUGUGGUGAUAUAGGACACCGGAAAACAAACUGCCCUAGGAAUAGGAACCGAGAAAGGAGUAAGAACGCAUCAUGGUGGGGAGGAGAUAGUGGAAGAAAGGGUCGCAAAGGAGGCGGCGGAGGCAGGAGAAACUGAUCGUUUUAUAUCAUUGGAGGGAAAUAGACUGAGAAUGAAGAAGAGAAGACCUUUAUUCAUGAUCUAGGGAGCCAAUUCAGAUAUGUUUCUUGCAAUCUUCAUAGUGCAUCGAGACGGGUGUUGAAAAGUAUGUCUCUGUUCAUUGAAAACAUCGAUCGGUUGGAAAUCCAAGUUUUGGUGCUUGAAGUGUAUGCAUUAACAUCUUGUACUAAUGCAAACACCAAGUUAUUAGCACCAAACUGUGUUGCUAUAUAUUAGUAGUUGGUUUUUUUCUGCGUUGAAGAUUGGCCUGGCAAUUGGACUUUGUGGUCUGUUAAGGGCAUUGAAGUCAAACAAAAUAGAAGGGAUUCCAUCAGCUAUUAUUUUCUGAAAAGAUAACAGUUUCUUAUUUUGUUUUAUUUUAUUUUUGGACAGUUGCCAUCAGAGGAAAACGGUAGAUCAAUUGCUGUUAUUGUGUAGCCCU